AUGGAUGUCGAAAAAGAAGUUGCAGCACAAGCUGAUGUGCGUGUGGGAGAAGGGGGUGAGGGAGCAGGAGAGGGAGAGGGAGAAGGGGAGGAGCAAGGAGAGGAGGAGGUGGAGGAAGGGGAGGUGGGGGAAGGGGAGGAGGAGGAAGGGGAGGAAGCAGGCGGGGAGGAGGGAGAGGGAGCAGGCGCAGAGGGGGGAGAGGGAACAGCAGGGGUGAAUGUGGAGGAGGAGGAUGAGGUGGAGGAAGGGGAGGUGAUAGGUCUAACAGCAAAGGACGCAGCAGCCAUGGAUGAGGCGAUAAGACUCGCUUGGAUGUCGGAUGAUUUCGAUGAUUUGAUGGAGCUAGUGGUAUCAGGGCAUGAGGAGGCGAAGCUGCAGGGAAUGAUGAGUAGAAUGAUGAUGGCAGCAGCACAGAGCAGCGGUGGUGGCGGUGGUGACGGUGGUGGUGGUGAUGGUGAUGGUGAUGGUGGUGAUGGUGUUGGUGGUGGGGGGGUGGGAGGAGAGAAGGGAAGGAUGUUGAGACGAAUUUUGAGGCGGAAGAGGAAGGAGAGCCAGCUGCAGGAGAUGUUUGGAGGGGAGGAGGCGAAGCAAAAGGGGGGGAAGCGAAGGAGGAGGAGGAAGGGGAGAGGCAAGGGGAGAACAGAGGAGGUGGAGAUGCUGCUCUCUCUGGGUGCUGAUAAACACAUGCUCCCCCUCACCUCCUCUCCUCCCCCCUCUGCUUGGUCUCUCACCACCUCUCCCGCGCCCCCGUUUGGCCUCGCUUCCUCUCCUUCCCCUUUUCAUCCAACAGGCAAGAGGAGAACGGAGGAGGUGGAGAUGCUGCUGUCGCUGGGUGCCGAUGUGACUCUCACAUCAGACGAGGGCAGCACGGCGCUUGACUGGGCACGCAAGUAUGGCCAUGAGGCUGGAAGAGCAGAGGAGGUGGAGAUGCUGCUAUCGCUGGGAGCAGAUGUGACUCUCACGUCAGAUGAAGGCAGCACGGCGCUCGACUGGGCGCGCAUGUACGGCCAUGAAGCUGUGUGCCGGCUGCUGGAGAGACACAUGGAGGCGCUGGGCUUGGGAGUGCCGGAGGAGGGAGAGGAGGUUGAGGAGGGAGAGGAAGGGGAGGAGAGGGGAAUGGAUGAGGGGGACGGAAUGCAGGAAGAGAAAGGCGAGAGGCAGGGAGAGGUAUCCAAGGCCGACGCAACAACUGAUGCCGUUGCUGCUGCUGCUGCUGCUGCUGGUGCUGCUGUGGCUGUGCCUGUGAGUGCAGAAGCAGCAAGGCUGGCAGCACAGGAGCAAGUGGCGCUCUCUUUAUACCAAGCGUCUGUGGAUCAUGAUGAGGUGGAUUUGGCCCUCAUCCACCUCCUGCUGACUAGGAUCUGCGUCAACGCGGCAGAGCGGCCGGCAGCACUCAUGAGCAGCAGCGCCUUUGCUUCCAAAAAAGCCCAACAGCUGCUGAAACAGGGUGAAGAGAAGGAGGGAGAGGAGGGAGAAGAGGAGGACGAGCUUUCAUCUCUCAUCCCGACUUACAGCAAGGAAGGCAGGGAGGGUGGAGGAGCAGGAGAGGCAGGAGGAGCAGCAGCAGGGGACGGGGGUGCAGGUCUGAACGGGCCAGACUGCGCAAUCCUCGUGUUUCUCCCGGGGUGGGAGGAAAUCUCCCGACUGAGAGACCGACUGCUGGGGUCCUCGGUCUUUGGGGAUCCGACGCGGUUCCUGAUACUGCCGCUGCAUUCGAAGAUUCCGAUGCCGGAUCAGCGGAAGGUGUUUGAGCGGCUGGGGCGGGGCGUGCGGAAGAUUGUGCUCACGACGAAUAUCGCAGAGACGGCGCUGACGAUCGAUGACAUUGUGUUUGUGGUGGACUCGGGGAGGUUGAAGGAGAAGAGCUACGAUGCGCACACGAAUGUGUCCACCCUACAGGUGGGUGGGGUGGGGCCGGGGCGGGGCGUGAAAAAGAUUGUGCUCACGACGAAUUUCGCAGAGACGGCGCUGGCGAUCGAUGAUGUUGUGUUUGUGGUGGACUCGGGGAGGUUGAAGGAGAAGAGCUACGAUGCGCACACGAAUGUGUCUACCCUGCAGCGGAAGGUGUUUGAGCGGCCGGGGCGGGGCGUGCGGAAGAUUGUGCUCACGACGAAUAUCGCCGAGACGGCGCUGACGAUCGAUGACAUUGUGUUUGUGGUGGACUCGGGGCGGCUCAAGGAGAAGAGCUACGAUGCGCACACCAACGUGUCUACCCUGCAGGAGAAGAGCUACGACGCACACACCAACGUGUCUACCCUGCAGGUAGGUGGAAGGGGGCCAGGGAAAGGGGUGGUGGGUGGUUUGAUGGGGGGGUUGACAGCUUUUCAGACGCCUCAAAAUGCUGCUAGGGAGGGGCGUGCGGAAGAUGGGGCUGCAGCUGUUGAAGCGCCCCUCAAAGGCCGGGGCGGGGGGUCUGUUGGGUCUCCAAAACCAUUGCGCGCCAGUGCCAGGGCAGAGCAAGGCGGUGCAAACCAGAGGUGUGCUUCCACCUCUUUUCACACCCAUAACCCUAUCCUCUCUCUUCCUUCUAACGCCCCCUCGCCCCCGCAGGCGCCGGAAAUCAAACGCUCGCCCCUGGAAGAGCUUUGCUUGCAGAUCAAGAUUCUCGACCCUUCACUGGAUAUCCCUCUCUUUCUCUCAAAAGCCCUCGAGCCCCCGGUCCCCGCCGCAAUCACCAACGCCGUCGCCCUCCUGCAAGACAUCGGUGCUCUCGACCCCCACCAGUCCCUCACGCCCCUCGGGGCCCACCUAGGCGCCCUCCCCCUCCACCCAGUCACCUCCAAAAUGCUCCUCCACUCGAUUCUCCUGGAUUGCCUUGGCCCGGCUCUUACUGUCGCUGCUGCCAGCACCUAUCGGGAUCCGUUCCAGAUGCCUAUAGGGCUUGAUCAGAAGCUUAAAGCCAUUGCUGCAAGGCACGCGUUGGGGAAUUCCCUGGGCGGGUAUGGGGAUCAUCUCGCGCUCAUUGCCGCGUUUGACGGGUGGGCCGAGGCGAAGGCGAGAGGGGGGGCUCGGGCUGCAGAUGGGUUUUGCCGGGGGAAUUUCUUGUCGCCAGCCUUGCACCGAGGUGCGGAGGAAGGUUCGGGAACGGCUGGCGGCGCUGGGGAGAGCGGUGGUUCGGAGAGCAUUGAGGAAUCAUCUCGGCCGUUGAUUGUGUUUGAUGAGAUCGUGAGGGGCGAGGGGAACCAGACGAUUAGAUCGUGUACUGUGGUUCGCCCACUCUCUCUCAUCCUGAUUGCGUCAGAGAUGGUUGUUGCUCCUCUAGGGCCUCUGAAGGCAGGAUGGGAGGAGGAUGGAGAUGGGGAGAAGGAAGAAGGGAAGGGAGAAAGGGAGGGAGAAGGAGAGGGAGAAGGGAAGGGAGAAAGGGAGGGAGAAGGGAAGGGAGAAGGGGUGGAGGUGCGGAAAAGGAAGAGACGGCAGCGGAGUCAACGGGGAGAGGGGGAGUCGGUCCACGGAGAAGCAGAAGCAGUGGGGGAAGGAAGUGAGGCAGUUCAGAUGGAGUUAGGGAAAGGAGAAGAGGGCGAGGGGGCUGGGGGGAACACGCGCAAGGAGGGAGAGGAUGAGGAGGAAAGGGUGGAGGAGGAAGGGGAGUAUGUUUCAGGUGCGGAGGAUGAGGAAGGGGAGGAGGAGGAGGGGCCAGUGGUGAGGCCGAAUCCCAAGAGUGCGAGGGAAAGGAGGCGGAAAUUGCAGGAGGAGGUCAUGAGCGAUCCUGGCCGUGAGAUUGUGAUCGUGAUCGAUCGAUGGCUGAGAUUCCGCGCCACGGCCAUGCUGGCAGCUCAGCUGUUCUGCCUGAGGGAGAGGCUGGCCGCCUGCUUUGCCACCAAGGUCCAUGAUCCCAGGAAACCGCUCCCUCCCCUCCAAGCACUAACACUCUACACCAUCGCCUCCCUCCUUUCCUUCGAAAACUACCUUCUUCCGCCUCCAACCAGCGACUCAGCGCCCGCUGGUGACAAAUCAGCUCCGGCCGGACCUCGCAAGGGUGCCCUCGUGCCCGGUCCUCAGGGCCCUGGCUUUGGUGCAGGGUUUGGUGGCAGGUUCGGAAGAGGUGGUUGGGGAGGAGGAAGGGGAGCGGGAAGAGGUCGUGGGGGGUUUGGUGUAAGGGGUCGAGGUAGGGGUGGUGCAGGGUUUGGUCGAGGUGGUGGACGAAUGGGAGGGGGGAUCAACACUGGGUUUUAG